AGGGAGCAGUCAGCUAGAAUGGCCGUUCUGUGAACGACGAAGCUGAGUAUCAUCAUAUUCCUACCAUUGAGCAGAAGAAUAUCCUUCUGCCGUCGUACUAUAGGCAGCAUAGAAAAUCUCUUCGGGUAGAUCAUAAAAUAGACAACCAGACAGAAAGCCAUCAUAGCGCAGACGGUCGCUAGCGUUCGCAAUGGCUUUGGCGGCGGGGGGAGGUCGUGGGAAUACCCAACGCUCGCUAAAACGACGAAUGCUUUGCUGUGGAUCGCUACCGCGGAUCUGGUUGCUAGCGAUUGUGUCGCCGCUGCUCCUGUAAUUGGCCGUUCAUUGAUUCAACACAAGGGAACAACGACCGUAGUGUCUGCGGCUUUAUCGACGCGAUGGUGGCGGAGCCCUGACGCGGACGGAACAAAGAUUCCCGCCACUAUAACGUUAACCAAGGCAAUGGCAAGUCAGCAACUGUCCUUCAUAGUAAAGGCACAACUACGUCAGGCCAAUCUCAGCAAAGCGUAAUGUUACUCGGUGAUCUGAUCUGACUACGAAGGAGCUGUCCAACGCGUUGCUCCCACCGCCUGCUGCCCCGGUUCUCUAACACACAGCAGCCGGAACAUCGCAUCUAAGCCAGACGAAUCGGAUCGAUCUGUCAUUGUAGCGUGACAGGGUUUGCUGCGUGAUAGCGGCUCGACUCUCUUGUGCAUAUGCAUAUUUGCUACUAUCAACUGAUCAUUUCAGAUUGAUAUCUGUUAGCUAAGUUUCAGGGAACUCCUGAAGCCACAAAGGCUGGAGACAGCUAGAACAGCUAAAAAAAAAAAAAGGCAACAGUCCACUCUAGAAAAGUCGUGUUAACUAGUCCAGCUGAUCCAGCGAUUCUGUUUAGGCAAGAAGUAAACGCAGUGAGUGUCUCAACUGCUUCCUGUAAUGCGGCGACUCAGUGCUGAGACCGCCAGUGUGUAACUGCCUGGUGUGCCUAUGUACAAUCUUCUACAUGAUUGUGCGCUGCUGUGAUCGUAUUGAAGAACAUGCGAGACAGUGUUUGUUUCGACGUCUUUAUUUCAAUACGGUGUUGUGCGGUAGUGUCACGUUUUUGUGAACAAAUGCUAUCAAUAUCAGAGACUGCUCGUUGCGCGUAUUGGCCUCGAACAGCUGAAGCGUGCUUAUUAGAGGAAGCAUCAGCGGCCACAGUGACGACGGCGGUGGCAACAGUUCCCAGCAGAUUAAGAUAGCACGUGCAAACGCGAUCUCUGCGGUGGAUCCGACGACCACAGGCUGCUCUCAGCGGCGAUGGCGUCAACGACGGCAGCCGGUGAGAGGUAAUUUAGAUUGCGGUCGAAAGCUGUUUAGUUGUAAAAGACAGCUACAAUUUGAAUUUCGGCAGAACAAGCGGUGACAGUGAUUCUCCACAAAAAAAAGCUUUAGUUUUUGUGGCCAUCACGCCUGGGCCAGCGGGCUUCGUAGUUGGUGUACAGAUGGGGCUUGCGGCAGUUCCUAGGCUAUGUAUGGUAGUUCCAUGGUCAUUUAGCUGGCAUGCGAUGCCAGGUCUCAUUUAUUCAAAGAAAUCGACUAGAGCAGCAUGAGGAAACUCUAAUUGUCUGUGGCCAUUAACACGACUAUUAUUACCAGCAUAAGUGUGCAUUUCCGUUCCUCACUGUGCUAUCCUCCUGGCAUACCUCGCGAAGAAGGUUGAGCUAAUUGUAGCAUUGAAUCGUGUGCUUUCGCUUUGUCCUGUGGUACGUCAGUCUGAGUGAAGAUGCAUCUCUACCUGUGCAAUAGGCGCUCACAGUGCUGCCUUGAUUUUCACCAGUUUCAUUGCAUCAACAGCUGCCAGUCGGUCGAUGUAGAGAAGCUCAAAAAUGGGAAAAUGACUCCUGCGUACAGACGCCUAAAGGUGGCCGAAAAGCAGUUUGGAUUUGCAACGAACAAACGGAACGUGAGCAACGCCGAAAGCGGAUUAGACUCGGGACUAAUUCUCGAAGAAACCUCAUCGUGGGCAUUCAGCUGGCAAAAUAUUUAUUCUCAGGAUGAAUGUGGAGAUACGGUGCUUCAUCGAAUGCUGGCCAGUACGGCUGCGCCCGGCAAGACUGACACAGGCCAUCAUCAGCUGCUGUUACAGUAUAUGAGAGCUACUCCAACGCCCGAGUUGCUUGACAUCGCUAACAAUUAUGGCCAGACGGCGCUCCAUGUUGCCUGUGAGCACGAGGACGACUGGAGUGCGAGACGCCUUGUACUGGCCGGCGCGACAGCUGAUCGGCCGGACGAUCUGCGCUUCACACCCCUGCACAUUGCCGCGCAAAAGGGUAACGAAGCGCUGGUUCGCGCGAUCACAGCACCUGCCCGCGCUGAUGAAAUAAGUGAACUUGGCCUAACAUUUUACGUUGUGACUCCUGCACAACCGCGUACGAAGCUGGUCGAGCUGAAUCAGCUGUGUUCGCUUGGUAUGACCCCGUUACACCUAGCUGUAGAGUCGGGGAAUAUUCGUGUGUUGGAGGCCUUGUUGCCAUUUGCAGGUCACGCCAACACCCUCGAAAUGCGCGAAGGUCGUACAGCGCUUCAGCUGGCGAUUGAGCAACGCCGUACCGAUAUGGUAAGGGUUUUGCUAAAUUCUGGUGCCUCAAUCGAGCAGGAAGAUUACGCCGGACGUACCGCAAUCAUGAGGAUUCAUCGUAAGCAGAAGCUUAUGCACGGAAGCCAGAUCCCUGAACUGACCCAAUGUCUCAUGUUACUCCAAGCAUUUGGUGCACGGGCUCCAACCAGAGAAGAACUGUCAUUGGAAGAUGACACCAGCGACGAUGAUGACGGAGUAACCGCAAACAAGCGACUGCGUCCUCAGGGUUGCCGUCCGAAAGAUCAGCAGGUUCCCUGCUAGUAAUUAAUCAAUACAACGUUUAUCGAUCGAAAAGGUGCUCUUUACGCACUCUGCCUGGAACAUAUAUUUACCACUAGCCGUGCCAUACGUCUUGUACUGGCUUCGCGGGGCAAUAGCCCCUCUCUGUAGGACACCCCGCCUGCCUGACCUUUCCUGCGUAAUACGCAAAAAUGUUGUUAUUAUGACAAUAAUUAAUCCUGUGAUCUUGGCCAACAAGGCCACGAAUGAUACGGUAAAUUAGACCAGUGACGACAGGAAAUGGUAGAACAUAACUAGGGAGACACAGAGAACGUUGGUACACAUAGAUAACACACUAACUAGUGUGAUCUAUUAUCCCAAGCGCGCAAAAAGAGGCAUAAUAGACUCAAGUUGUCCCUCUUAGCAACAACAGAAUUCUAUCAGAUUGUGUAGAUUCCUGGCUUAAUAUAUACUACAUUACCUUUACCAGUGCACCGCACUCAGUAUUGAAGGAACAUCUAGCGUUGCUAACAAUAUUCUGAGUUUUAUUAGCAGUUCUAUGAAUAAAAGAAAAUAUCGAUUCUUCUUGAGAACGUUACCUGUAGAAGCACAAUUUAUGGUUGAAAGGAAAGUAUUUAAAUUGUUCAUGAAAUGUUUGACUUGCAUGUGAUUUAUAGGGCCGCCAUGCUUAGCCAAUUGGACACGACGGGAACUCUUUAUUUCUUUUUCCCAAACAUACCAUCAACAUACAUUUUAUUCAAUAACGCGUUACGGCUACGUUUGUUACAGACAAUUAUAGCAGGAGCUUGUGUUGAAGGUCUUUUUUUAUAUCACACAUCUGCUAUUUAAGAAAGAAGGAGGUAACACACGAGGUAGUUGCGGUACAUAUAAACAUAAUGAAAAUUUAAAUUAUGUAUGAAUUGUAAAAGAAGUUCUCACAGUUAAAAGGUGAUAAAACACUUCGCAAUUAUAUAAGGAUAAAGCGAUAGUUACAAUAAAUAGACGGUUAUGGGUAUCGUACGUACAGUGGACGUUAAAAUACUAGGGAUAAUAAUUAAAUUACCAAUAGACCCUGCCGUAUUGUAAAGAAGUGCGAGCUGCCGUUGCGUGAUGUCUGACCUAGAUUAACGACCAUUAGGACAUUCAUGUGGCAUUGUCCGCCAGCCUGCGCGGCCUGCUCACGGCACCAAAGUCCUGUCUGAGAAGACAUCCAUUCGCCUACUCAUGUGAAGACUACUGGUUAUGGCGUAAGACUGGCAGCAAAAAAUGGCUUUUAUAAUAAAAACUUUUGUCUACUCGCGUAUUGUACAUAAAACUAAAUUAAUCAAAAGCAGGAGACAACGUAACAAAAACAGAAUAGCCUAAUAAAGUUGUUAUAGGGUUGUAUACAAAUUGGGUGCGUCGUCUUUUUAAGUGAUUGGUCAUUUGUUCAUUGUCGGAGCUAUUACUUUUGUUAUUAUUCAAAACAGUUACGGAAACCGUC